AUUGCCUUAACAGAAGAACUUAAUCGUGUAUUCAAUCAUAGUAAGUAGUUAUGUAAUGAAAAAAAAAAAUUGAAAUGUAUUAUAUAUUUAUAAACAAUAUAAUAAUAUUAAACAUUAUUUGUUUUUAGUAUUUUUUGUAUUUUUAUUAAUAUUAAAAGGUUAUGGAAAAAAAAAAACUUUAUGAUUUUGUUACAAUUAGCUUGUGGAAAAACCACCGACUAUGCCACAUAUUUUCUAAUAAAUUUCCGUAAGUAAAAUAUAAAAUACCUUUUGUACCUAUAUAUCUACACAUUAAGUACAAUAUUUGAAAAUUGGAUUCGUAUCAAAUUUAGAAUCAGUACAUUGAAAUUAAAAUUGGUACAUAAGAUACCUAUGCAAUAUAUAUAUAUAUAUAUAUAUAUAUCAAAACAAGAUAAAGAUCAUCUUUAAUAGCUAAUUUAUCAGUUAUAUUAAUUCAAUUUUAAUAAUUCAAACAGCCUGGUACGUUUUCCAUAUAACAGUGUCAUAUUGAAAUAUAGGAAAAACAAAAGUGAAUAAUAAUAUUUUAAUAAUUUAAAACGGAUAAGUUUUAGAGUAGGUAGAUAUUCCUAAUCCUUCUUCUUCGUGCCGGUCAGCAAGUUAUUUUAUUUUUUUAAGCCGAGAAGUUAAUCAGUUUAAUAACUUCGUCAUUUGAUUCUCUAAGUAGGCCACUCGUCUCGCGUAUUGCAUUAACCGGGUGGUCCUCUGUUACCCUUGUUCGUGUUAGCUCUUCAGUUUUUGGUUUUGCAUUUGUCAUUAUAUCUAUGGAUGCUGUCGUGCUAUUUAGGAAGUUGUGUCUACUGUUAUUUGGAGUAUCUAUACCCGUGUAGAGGUUACUUUUCAUCAGAGUUGCAAUUAUUUCUUCACCUGUCACCUGUCAUCUUAUACCCGGUAGGGGCUAUACAAAAGAGUAGAGUGUGUAUAGUUUAUUGGUUGUUGUCGGUUUUAGGCAGCCUGUGAUUAUUCUACAGAAUUCUUUAAGUGCUACGUCUAUUUUCCUCGAGUGAGCCGAGAGGAAUCAUACUGGACGGUUAUAUUCUGUGGCCAUAAAUGUGUAUUAUAAAUACAUGUAGAGACUUGAAAGAUGGUAAUAAUACUUAUAUUGGACUAACCUAGACCUGGUAAAAUUUCCAAAAUCAUCUGACGACCUGUUUUUUUUUUUUUAAUAAACGUUAUAAAAUCAAAUUCAAACGAAAAUCUCAAAAGUAAAUACGGUACUUCAAGUUAUGUAUUGCUGAACUGCUCUCGGAAUCGUCUUUCGUUAAGUAAUGGUUUACAUCUUAAAUCUUUAAUUAUAUGGUCACUCCCAUCCCCGUAACAGCUCUUUUUUGUAUUGUGUAGAAUUGUAGCAAUAUUUUCGCGUAUGAAAAUGUUGUCGGGGUUGUAUCACGCUUUUCUCGUCCACUGUUUAAAGAUACGGUCUCUUUUGGGCCAAAGAUUAGAAAAAGUUCGCUGCCUACACCCACACUUUUAUACUUUUUCCCUGCAUUCGUUAAUUUCGUUGUAUUCUUUGUUUUUACUAUAAUCUUAGCUUUAAUCUUAGUAAUUUUAUCUCUAUAGUUACCAAGUUCUUUGAAAACAAACUUGUCGUCGGGAAGUCAGCUGUUAGUAUUUUUGUGCAAUUGGUACUACUCAUGGCUGUGGAUUUCACUAUGCUGUUGUCUUUAACGAAAAGUGUAUUCCCUGCUUUUUAUGAAGCAAUUUAAUGAUUAUUGUCAUUCCUUUUAUAUUUUGGUCUUUUUGUUCUUCUUUAUGUUUCUCUUAGAGGCACAAUAUUUCCCAUUUGCCUUCUUUGACUAUUUUCUGAUUAGUUAUGUUUAUUAUAUUUUUAAUAAAGUUUUAUUUCUGAUUAGUUCUUCUUUUUCUGGUAUGAGGUCCUCGAUGUUGAUGGAUACCAGUGACAGAAAAGACCUUUUCUGUUACUAAUCAUGGUUGGUAGGAUUGGUUGACGAGAGUUGAAUUAUAAUCACAUUUAUUCGAUAUAACCAUAAAAAUAUGAAACUCGUAAUUUCAGGAGCACCACUUGGAGGUUUUUAUCACGCUUCCAGUAUUCCUAAUAAGAAACCUUAAGUUCCUCUAAAGUAAAAUGUAUACAAUUUUAGUGGAAAAUUAUUUCAAAUAUCUAGUAUUAUUAAUUAUUUGCUUAGAAAUGAAGAAAUUAAUUAGAAUUUAUGUACCUAGUUUAUGUGUUCAAAAUUAGGAAUUGAUUAAAUUUUGAUUGACGUUUAUUUAUGUAUAUUAAUUAAUCAUAAAUGAGAUGAUGACUGUGUGAAAAGCACAUUGUUUCCACUGAAUGAUUAAUACAGUUUUUUAUUACAAAAAUUCCAUGUCUAAUAGUCUAGUUUACUAUAAUCUUUUUAGAAUAAGAUGCACCGCCAAAACAACUGUGAUUGGUUAUCAAUCAUCGGCUGCGUUUAUCGUUUUCACACAGUGAAAAUCGUCGCACAGUAUUCCAAAAAGGAUUUUUAGCAGGACAAAAUUAUUUUUUUAUUAAAUUGUUUUAUUUUUGUGGGUUUUUAGUUUAUUUUUAAACUUAGUUUUUACAUUGUGCAUGUAUAAAGUCCUUAAAUCAAUUUCAGAAAUUCGAUGGUUUUAUGAAUUAAUUAAUUUAGAAAAUUUAAAAAAUCGGAUUUAAAUGUAUUCAUUUUAAUUUGUACAACUAAAAUAUUAUUGUUUUUUAUUUAUUCAUCAAAAUCACUGGAGUUAACAUUUUCCGAUUUUUGGUUUCUGAUACUGAAUUGGCUACUUAAAAAUGUUAUUAUGAAAUAUAUGCUGAUAUGUGAAAUAUAAGUAAGUAGUUUAAAAUAUUUACUUUUCCGUCUAUCAUUAAUAAAAAUAUUGUAUGUUUAAUUUUAACUUCCUCUGUACCACCCAAAUAGAUAAUGGGAUGUUAUUAAUUAUUUCAGAUAUAACUGCUUCAAAUCCUUGUGUACUUAUAAUGGUUUUUUUUUUUAAAUUCGAACUUAAUCGAUCGACAAACUCUUGUUGAAGAACAUCUCCGAUUUUUCCAUAUUAUAUGUUUAUCUUUUAAAUAUAAAAGGUUCUAAGAUAAUAAGUCGCUACUUGUUGCUAUCUAAUUAUAAAACGUCGUUAAGAAGACAAGUUUAACUGAUAGAAAAUACUACUACUAUCUACUAUCCACUACUUUAAAUUUCGGAUCCAUUAGUAAUACAAAAUAAACGUUUUUUAUAUUUUCUUAUAAUUCUUUAUGCAUUAUUUAAAUUCUACAUGCAAAACUUAAUUUAAAAUAAAAAUGUGUGUAUAUAUAUAUAUGUAUAUACAUACCUUCCACUAAUGUAUCCAUGAUAUUCCAUAAAAAACAUACGAUUUAGGUAUGUUCAUUCAACGGACAACGCAAACCAUAUAAUAAUCAUACAUUCAAACAAUUUAGCUUGUUAUUAAAAACCUUAUCGUAGACUACUGGGAAAUUUAAUACACUAACAAAACGGCGUGGCCCGGCGUAAAGAUUUAAAAACCCAUAUUAUCUAAUUAGUUACUUACUAUCAACGCAUUAAAUGAAGUUUUAUGUUCAAUCGGUAACUCCGAAAAAUCUAAUUUUGUCCCCCUAAAUCAACCUUUUCGAACACUGUGAGUCGUCGCCAUCUUUGUGGUCGCGUUCUUAAUCUGAAAGGAGUAUAUACUAUUAGAAUGUAACUGAAUUGUACUAUUUUUUGUAGGUUGUGAAAAACUUAAAGGUAAAAUAAUUAAAUAAUUGUUUUAUGUUUUAGUAUAAGAAUUAAGCACGUACCGUCAAAAUAUAUAAACCACAUAACUUUUGUUGACACUUGUCAAAUCUAUUUCAGUAUCACACCAUUAAUGAUAAUGCGGUUAUAGUAUUUUGUUAUCAUCUAGUAUAAUGUAGUAUUUUAAUUAAAAUUAUAGUCCAAAAGUACCUGGUACCUAAACACAUUUUUAAAAUUUAACAUUUUACAAAAACUAGAGGUAGUUGAAUAAGUAUAUUAAUAUAAUUUAUUAAUAUUCGUUAGCAUUGCUUAAUCUUUGCGUAAACUUAUAUAAUGAAUUCCCCCUCUACCUUCUCAACUUUUCACCAACAACAGUGACACACAUUCGUUUGUUUUAUAAUUUAUCUAUUCAUAGUGCGAUGAAUCCUCGAUAAGACACUUAUCAUGUCGAAAAGUAACACUUUUUUGAAAUUUUAUUUUUAACAACUUAUAAAACAAAUAGCUCCAAAUUCCACACAGCAUUUGGUAAGGAAAUGAUAAUAUUUUAUAAAUAUUUUUAAGUGGUUAAAUAAUAAAUAUUUUACUAAUAAUAUUGUAUAGAUAUUUUAUUCUUAUGAUACCAAAAAAUUUUGUUAUAAGAUUCAUACAAAUGUUUUCUAAUAUUUGUAUGUUUCCAAGAAAAUAUACAAAUUAAACGUUUUAAAAAAAUAUGAGUUUAAAAUGUUUGAUGAAUUUUAUUCUAAACAUGAAUAUUUGGGCAUAAAAUAUUUCGAUAAAAUUUACACCAUUAUUUAAUAAUAAUCGGACAUAUUUUGACAACUAUACAAUUUUCCUAUGUAAAAUAUUAUCAUUUCCCAAAUGCUGUGUGGGCAUUAUCGUCAUUUUUUGUUAUUCUUAGUUUUGGAGGUGAAAACACUACUCAUUUUUGGUUUUUAAAUAAUAACCUACGUUAAAAGUUCUAUAAAUAGAUGAUGUAUACGUAAUUGAAAAAAGAAUAAUUUUCGUCAAUUUUCCCAUUUUUGCUACCUUUUUUUGGUUUUGCUCAAUAAUUAAAACAAUUACAAGGAAAAUCAAAAUAAGAUUUUCAUAGUCACCAGAACAAGACAAAGUGACAAGAACAAAAAUACAACAGAAAAGUUUUUUAUUAUUUUUCUAUUAGAUAGCCAUAUUUCUGCUAGAAAACUUAAAGUGUACAAAAUGAAAUCGUAACGUCAUAAUUUGUCAGUUGCCAUUUUAUAUUUCGAGCGUAGCGAGGGGAACUAUUGGUUUUACAAUGCUGUUUAUUUUUUUUAUGUUCUAGCUGUGGACACAUUUUUCCUAGUAAACUUGCUCUGAUACAUAAGUAUAACAAUUUUUUUGAAAAUUUAGGUUGUCUAGAUUGUACUUUAGAGAGGUUGAUUUUUGACGCCAUUUUUUAAAUAAAAGCACUUAAGUGGGAAAAAACGUAGGAAAACGUACAAUUUCAUGAUUUUAUAAUUUUUAAGGAAUUUCAAUAUUGGGAGUUUUCUUGGUAUAAUUCGGCUAUAAAUAAACGUAGAGACUUCAAACUUGGUAAUAAUAUAUAUAUUGAACUUAUCUAGACGUGGUCAAAUUUCCAAAAUCCUCGGACGCCUUUUUUUUUUAAUAAGCGUUUUGAAAUCAAAUUUAAACGAAAAUCUCAAAAAAAAAAAAACAAAUUAUGGCACUUUAAAAAACAUAUUACCGAACUGCGUUCGGAAUCGUCUUUCUUCAAGCAAUGGUUUAUCGUUAUUUAAGGAUAUAAAUAAAAAAAACCUUAUGUAUCCUGCCUUCCCAACUUCUCACCUAUAACCGCGGUUACUCCCAUCCUCAGUAUCAGCUCUUUUUUUAUUAUAAAACUUAAAUUUAAAAAAGAGGUGUUAUUGAGGACGGGUGGGGCCACUGUUGUAUGCGGGUAGUUGGGAAGGUGGGACACAUUAAGUUAUUUAAUUUAUACUUAUACGGCUAUACUUAACGAUAAAUCAUUAAUAACGAAAAACAAUUUGGAGCGAAAUUCAUUUACAUAUGUUUUGAAAGCUAGCAAUAUUUACAAUUUUUGUCAAAAUUUAGUUUUAAAACUCUUAUAAAAAAUAAAUAUAUAUAUAUUUUGUCACUCGUUAUACACUCAAAAAAAUGUAUAAAACAUAAGUUUAACAUAUUAAAAUAAUUAAACCGAGACGCUACGUUUCCGUAAAUAUUAAUCAAUUUAAAUUUUUGAGUUUUGCAAAUUAUUUAGAGAACUACUUUGGAUAUCGAAAAACGACUUAUUCUGUCAACGGCGAUAUAAUAAAAAGAACAAAAUCGUAAUGCUUAUUAAUUAUGAAAUACAUGAAUAAAAUAUUUAUUAGAUACUAUAAAAAAAUGUAUUGAGUAUUUCUGGGGGUGCUAAUUUGAAACUUGGGGAUGCUAAAGACUCCCUGCACCGCACUAGUUGUGGCUUGAAAUAAGUCUCAAAUACCUACUUCAAAUAAUGGUAACAAUGUAAAAUAUUUUUUUAAACCAAAAGAAAUAGAGAAAUUGUCUUUAAAAUUUUAAACCACAGCAAUAAUAGAUUUGAAGGAAAUAAAUUAAAUUGCCAAAAAUGUAAUAAUAAAUUAAAAAGAAAAUCUGUUGAUGAUAUUUGUAAAAAAUCAGCGCAAUUUUAAAAAACAUUCUAAUGAUGAUGUUAACUCGUAUUACAUUAUAAUAUACGUCCUUUUUAUUAGAGAUGGAAUUGGUAUCUAUUUUUUUUAACAGGGACGAAAUUGGUACAUCCCUUUUUUUUACCGGGAUGGAAUUGGUAUAAAAAAAAAAUAUUUGACGGAACUCCGAUGUAGCUAUUUUGACUAGCUAUAACAAUACCUACGAAACUACCUUUUGGAAGGGUUUUUUUUUAAAUUUAAAUCUUUCUAUAAGAAAAUUGAAUGUACGCAAUCGAUUAUGUUAACAUGUUUUCACUGAUCGUAAUUAAAAUUAAUUAAUUCGAUUUUUAGGUUUGCCGAAAAAAUAUGCUGAUUAUUUGUUUGAUUACAUUACACCGGGUAAUAAUUUUAAAAAAUAAAUUUAAAAUAUUUUAUAGGUAACUGUAAAAAAAUAAAUAAAUAAUCUUUGUUUUUCUCUAUCGUUCCUAACCACAAAUUGGUAGAUACCAAAAUGUUAUUGGUAUUUACUAUUCUUUUUUUCACAAACCUACCUAACUUGUGACAAAACAACUUUUCACUCCUCGUACAGUGGCUUAAAAUUGAAAAAAACUGAUCGAAACUAAUUAUUAACCAGGCUACUAAUUCGUUUAAAACACGUGUGAGGUAAAAUAUGAACUUUUUUUGUCCAUAUUCUCCAUAUUUUUACCGUUUUCAACAAAAAAUGCUUCUUUGGUCCGAGAUGAUAUAACAGUCUGCUACGAAAGAACGAAAGCACGGACCGCAAAAAAAAGUAACGUCCAUCAGUAUCAAUAAUCAGAUAACGAUUCCUAACAAGUGAUAACCAGUGAGACCAAAAUUUAAAAAAAAAAAAAAAACUGUUAUUUUUGUUCCCCAAAAUAACAGCUGUUAAAUGUUACACUGAAAAUAACUGCUGUAAAUCACUGUUCCUGUUAUUUUUUCUCAUUACUAGCUUUCGUACAGUGUGAAAACGGACGGGUGACACGGGAGAUAAGUCUAUGUCUAAAGCUUUAUUUUUAUUGUCACACACUUCGGUUUUAUUUGUCCGUGUACGGUGUUCGGUGUUAACGUACACCGAUAGUGUGCGGGCGAUAAAACGGAUGAGAAACACCGUACGCGAAAACGGAAUAAAACUGAUUAAGUAAUUAAUAUUUCCGAAUAUUAUUGAAAUUAGCUACAAAAUAUAAAGCUAUUGACGAUAAAAAUAGAUUCAUAUAAACCAUUAACAUUAACAAAUAUUUAACAACUAUUUGCUGAAUCGUAAUCAUGAUUUACGAAUAUUUUUAAACAGUUUAAGAUAAGUAUACAUUACAUGAAGGGUACAGGGAAAAACUACAAAGGGAUACACGCCACGCCGUGGUAAGACGUGGACAUUGUGCACAUUAGUACAACACAAUACGACGCGACGGAUACCACGCACAAUAUUAAAAUAAAUAAAUAGUCAAAUUAGUCGAAUUAGUACGAGUACCAUUUUCCAAGUGAACAUAUUAUUAUAAAUUAUUCAAGUUCGUUUGAAAGUGAUUGAGAAGAAAAGUUGGAAGAAAUGGCUGUGGCAACAUUUUGAAAUGAAUCCACAAGUAGCCGAAAAUUAUGGGUCAUUCUGUUCAUGCGGAAAGGAACGAAAAAGGAAUUUUUUUUUUAAACUUUUUCCUCAUUACAUUUUAAAUUAAUUUGUCUUCACUGUAUGUAGAAGACAUUGUUAAACGUUGAAUGUCACUUUUUCCAAUCCGAGAAAAACAUGUUUUUAAUUUCAAAACUUAACAAUUUUUUUUUUUACAAAGUAAAAAGUUCGAAUUAAAUUAGAUGUUAAACUUUUAAAUGUAAUAACCAUAACACAAUCAAGUCGUAUUAACUAUGGUUAUUAACUCAAUAUUAGUCUGAUUAUCAGUUGACUUACCUGUUUUUUUUUUCCCCGUGAGCCUAAACUUGCUCAUUACUUUCGACUAAUAUGGUUUUGUCGUCGGUUCGAUCGCAUAAAAGAUACAGUAUAUCAAUACUAACUGCUUGAUUCCAAUAAUGCAAUUUUGAAAAAAAAUGACUUUUCUGGUUUUUCUCUGUAUCCUUUACAUUCAGUCUGCUAUUUCAAAAUUGUAAAAUAAUCUCAAUGUUCGUUACACAGACUAAACGUUUCAUGGUUUUUUUUUUUAAAUAUAAUUAUAAUUAUAAUAUAAUAUGUAGACCGGCAGUGCGUAAGCCGCUAUUUAUUAUUCAAAUUGAACAAUUUAUAACACCCUGCCAAAUACUACUUUAAUAUUCGAUUUUAAAAUCACAAAUGUGUACCUUGCAUGGUCUAAAUGACGCCACUGAUUACAUGUAUUUCCUAGGCCAUUCGUCAUUCCUAGGUGUUUUAUCUUAUACAUAUAGUCUAUAUGUUAAACAAACGACACGAAAUAAUAUUAAUUGUAUUUUGUUUUCUUGAUAAGGAAAUAUUAAACGCCCAGGCGAUUUUUGUAAAAGUCUUGAAGAAAACCAAGACCACAUUCGUAUGUACCCAAUAUUACUAUAUAACACUAUCUUAGUUUAUUAGUUUGUAGUUUAUGUGUACGUUAAUAAAAAAAAAAGCUGUCCUAGGAUAAUGGGGACGGGUGCAGCCACUGUAGUUGUUGGUGGGAGGUUGAGAAGGUAGGAUAUUGACGGAAAUUUAAUAUAUAUCUUAACGCAACGAAUAAUUAUUACGAAUGAAAAAACGAAGUUUAUAAAGCUAAAAUAAUUUCAUAUGCAUACAACAUGUUCUUAAAUAAUAUUUGUUUUAUAUUGUACCUAUUUUCCCGUUUUCCCUAGGUUUUUCCCGGUUUUCCCGUGUUUUUCUCGGUUUUUCCAAAGUAUUAGGAUAUAGAAUAUAUUAUAGACAAAUUAAAAAAUAUCGUCCUUAAAGUACCUCCCCAGUUCGAUUUCCUUUCAACAAAAGUGCUAUCAUUUAAAAUUGGAGCGAAAUUGCUGGUGGAAAAGUUGUCUACAGAAAAAAAAAACCCAUAAGUUUCUUUGAUCCGCUCAGAAUUAAAAAACUAUAAUAAUAAACAUUAUUGUAAAACUAAUAACAUUCCUUGCUUCAGUCAGAAUCUAAAAUAUAAUGUGUACUAUUAUCAUUUUUACUUGUCCUAUUAAAUUUAUUCAUGUCAAAACAAUUCCGGCGUACAUGGCAUAUGGUCCAAUUCUAAUAGUUCUAUAUUCAUUAAUCAAAAAAAUAUUAUUAUUUCUUUUAUAAUAUACUUACUAUAAACUGUUCAAGAAUUCAAAAUAGUAUCAGCGACAGCAUUAUUUGACGACGGAUAACACCAAAUGGCAACUGCACUACAGUACAUACUACAUAUAUAUAUUGAUAUUUACUACCAGUUGUAGGCGAAUUGGUUUGGUAAUAAUACUCCAAAAAUUUUUUUUUUUUGAGAUUCAGUUAAACAUAUUCGUAGAGAAUUGAAAUUUGGUUAGAAAACUUAUAUUUAGUUUUUUAGACGUGGUAAAAUUUUCAAAAAAUUGAAGCCAUUUUUGAGCUAUUUAUAGACAUUUAAAUGUUAGGAGUUUUUUACGUAAUUUUUAUUCGGUAGGUAAAUUAUUGAUAAAAAUUGUUAGACUAAACAGAAAUGCUUAAAAAUUUAACAGGAGGUUCAUUAUUACUCGUACUUUGAGGUCAAAAGAAAAAAUGUCGAGUGUAAUGUAGACAUUUUUUUUAUAAGAAUUUUAAUAUAACAUUUUUACGAACAUUGUAAAUAUUAUAGGUGCGUUACGCUGGCGCCACCAUAUCGACAUUUUGACCACUUAUAAAUAAUGAAAAUUGUAACAAUGUGAAAUUCUGAUAAUCUCUUAAGUGUUGGUAAUAAAUUGCGGCCGUUGAAUUAUACAACCUAUGGCUUUUCAACUCAAUAUUACAAACAUGACGAUAUACAGCAGUAUAAAGAUAGUAAUAAUUUAUAAAUAGUAUAAUAGUAAAGACCGACUGACUGAAUGACGUAUUAACACAAAACCCAAACCAAGAAUAUUGAAAUUCAUUCAUGAGAUUUAUCCCGACUAUACAUUGUUACAGUUUGCAUUAUUUAUAAAUGGUGUACUAGUGAUUUUUACCACUAGUAAAAAAAAUCGAUUUUCUGGCGUUCUAGAGCGAUUACAAAAUUUGUUUUGCGAUUAUAAAUUGUUCCAUAUGAUAUUAUACAGUGCCAGUAAGUUUUGAUGUAAAAAUGUUGACACGGUGACGCUAGGGUAACUGACCUAUAUAUUAUGCCAUUUCAAAACAUGUAUGAUCAAAUUUCACUUAGAAUCUUUUUUCGUUAGUAAUGAUUAAUCGUUGCGUAUAAAUAGAUAUACAUUAAUUCCCCUCUAUAUCCUACCUUCCUAACUUCUCACUUACACCAGUGGUCCACCCAUCGUGCAAAAUAUGUCCACCUUUUUUUUUGUUUACAAUGAUUUAUAGUUGCUUACAGUUUAUAAAUUAAUCCUCCUGUAUAUCCUACAUCAAAUUUCUCAAUUACCCAUCUGCAACAAUGGCCUACCUAUGAGAAGUAAAACUUUUUCAAUUUUAUAUCCCCCACCACUUACCGAAAAUAAAUCCUGGUCGCAUCACUGGUUUGUAAUGUUGUUUGAUUUGUUUUUCCUGUGAUAUUUUGUAGGAUUAUUAUUUUGAUGAUAUUUUGUCAAGUGGCUGUAUUUUUCGAGUGGCUUUAUAAAGUCUCAGUGUAUCCCUAAAUAUAAUAAAACUAAAACACGACUCUCUUUAAGUAUAAAUAAACACUGCAAAGUGCGAAUCACGGUUGUAAAUAGUGUGGUUGGGGGAGUAUGUACUAAAUAUAGACAUACAGUAAAACUUCCAUGUAACGGCCACCGAAGGGACCGGAAAUAAUGACCGUUACACAGAGGUGGCCGUCUUUUAGAGGUGACCGUUAACGGAAGUUUUACUGUCUUCAUAAAUGGACUGCAAUUUCCUCACUUCCCGUCAAUCGUGUUCGUGAACAAUAUUGUGUGAAAAGGAUAGCGAUUUUGAUUCGAAUUUCAAUGAUAGCACUUUUCUGAAAGGAAAUCGGACUGGGGAGGUACUUUAAAAAAUCUUUUUUUUUUUUUAUUUUCCUUGAGUUUUCUCUAUAAUAGGGAUGUGAAUUUUUUUUUAUUAUAUGGGACAAGAUAGGGAGGUGUCCAAGAAGAAUUUUGAAAUUAACAAAAUAAGGACCACCUUAACAGUUAUAACAACCGUACGCCCUAUAACAGCUGUAUUGGAGCUGUUAUAUCUAUUUUACAGCUGUGAUCUGCAUAGAUAAUAAAGUAAUGGAUUUGUUGCUAAGUUUUUCGCGGAGAACAUUUAAUGAGCGUCAGAUUUAUACCAUCUACAGCCGUGCUGCUUAUAUUUUACCAAUAUAUAAACAUACUAAUUUCCUCCUGUGAGAUCAAAUAAAAAGUUUGGUAAGUAGUAAAUUAUUUAGGUCAAUAAAGUUGAUUUAAUUUAGAAAAUAAAGAAAAAAAUUACAAAUUAUCAUAGUACAUUAAUAAUGUUUUAUUUAUAAAUUUAGAAGCCUGUAUAGGUUAGUAUACUCGGAUUUCAUUUAUUUUACAUCAUAUGCAAUAAUUUGUAAGUUCUUGAAUAUUUUUUGAAAGAUCUGUUUUCCGUAAGAUGUAUAUUGCCGAAAAGUAAUUAUUUGUUUCGCUUUAUGUUUUAUUAAAUUUAAGGUACACUCAAUUCUAAUACACAACAUUUUCCUUAUUUUUUUCACUUUUAUUUUCGGUGGAAACAUUGGUUAAUUUUUGAUUCUCAUUUGACAACCUAUACUUAAAGUUCCAUAAAUAUAUAUAUAUAUAUAUACAAGUUAUAUUUUACUGUUCCCUCCCUAUACCUGCGUCACUGAAAAAAACACUAGAUUCCAGAAUAUUAUGGUAUAUCAAUAUCUUACUAAAGCGUUGAUGGAAAUUUAAAAUGUCAAAAUAAAAUUGUAAUUCAACACUAAAAUUUCAACCAAUGUAUGCUAUAUUUUUAACAGCUUUCACCUUCUACAUUGGCGUAAAUGAGAGGGGGAAGGCUUGGCAGAAUUUAGUUCCCAAAUUUGGACGGGGCUUAAACCCUCACCAAAAUAGUUUGGCUAUUUGUGUCUAAGGCCUUCCCACAUUAAAAUGGGUAUGUACAUGGGUUUCACAUUUUAUUAGUUGUCUCCAACCCCACUCAAUGUUUUUUUGUUUUUAAUAACGUGAAAAUCAAGUUCAUACACAUUUCGAAAAUCAUUAUACAAAUUCGUACAAAAUACACAUUAUAAAUAUCUGUUGAGACAAAUUUUGAAAAUUCUAAAUGAGUGGGACUCUGGUGAUAUACGUAUAGUUUUGUUGGAGUGCCUUGCGGAAAACUGAUCGCUCUUUAUAACAGAUAACUAUGGCAGAUAUUUAUACGCUUUUAUACAUUUUUAUAGGCUAGUACAAAAAAAAAAAAAAAAUUGUUUAUACUAAAUACAAUGUUUCAUGAUCUAACAAUUCUGUAUACAAAAUUGUAUUUUGCAUAUUUUUAAAUUUGUGCCCUAUAUUAAGGAACUGAUUACGAUUUUGUAAUUUGUACAUUUUUAGAGUAUAUUUCAGUAUCCAGGGCUGGUAGUGCGCUCAAUAAUAUGAUCGCGUAAAAAAGUGUAACAUUUAAAUUAAUACAUUUUAUUUUUGAGUCACUUUAAAACUGAACAAGUGUCCUAGUAAUAAAAAUUGUACUUUUUUUGCUGUACACAUAAACCCUUAUGCCCAUAAUUAAACCAUAAUGCCCCUAGCAUAUCAUCUAUACCAUGGCUAAAAUUGGCUACGAUGUGUGUUUGUUUAUAUACCUAGUAUAUUAUUGAUUAUAUUAUAAUCAUUGGUAAUUUACAAGUUUUCCCAUUAUAAAAAUAAUUGAAACAUUUUUUUUUAAUUGGUUGAAAAAAAAAUUAAUUGCUUACAGCAUACCGCUGGAUAAAACAAAAUAUUAGUUUCUGAUUUUUUUUAAUUGCAUAUUCCGAUAAUUAUUUUUAGGUUGUGUACAUUAAAUUUAUUAGAGCACAUAAUUAUCUGCCUUAGUUAUAACUUAUAACUCUUAAAUAAUAUAUAGACAAUUUUCUUUGCGAUUCAAUGUUGCUCGUUCUAAACAUCUAAAAUUACGUAAAAAAAAAAAUCAAAUAAAGGAACUUAUUUUUGCGCGAUGUAAUAACAGAUAACUUGGCACAUUUUGGAUUCAACCGUAAGUAACUAUUUUAUAUCAACCGAACACGAUUCGUGACAAAUAUUAUUAUUUUAUUCAGUCGUUUUUACAAACAUAAUUAGCAGUACUAGAAUCAGUAUACAUUAGCAUAGUUUUUCUCUCAUCGCAAUCGAUUAAUUAUCCUUAUCACUAUUUACUAUUUUCUCCGUUAGUAAUGUCCACGAUGUAGCUUAUUUAAUUGAAUGGAACAUUUUUCCCCUCGUAUGUUUGCGUAUUUCUAAAAACUGUACACAUUAUAAUAUAUAUAUAAUAUGUAAUUAAAAACAAAUAAACAAAUUUUAGUCCAGGUAAUAUUAUUAGUAUAUAAAUAAAUAAUUGACAGAAUUAUGGCACAAAAAGUGUGUCAUGGUGUAUCGAAAUCUUUUAACUGUAAACAUUUUCAUCAUUCGACAAUUAUAGCAUUAACAACCGAAUUAACAAAUUAAUUUUUAUUUAAAUUAUUACAUAAAUAUAUCAUUGUUUUUUCACAAUUUAUAGAAUAUGACACAACUAAAAAAACUUUGGCUUAUGCGUUUUAUAACACAGGUAAAUACAAAUAUUUUAUCGGUUUUUAAUUUCAAAACAAAACAAAGCCCUGCACAGUGCCACGUGGCUUCACUGGCCCGACUCACUGACUCUUUCCUCACCUACCUAUUUAUAUUUUAAGUAUCAUAAGUUAACCUACUUCUUAAAACCUAAUCAAACACUUUUUCUUAUUAUUAUUUCCUAAUGCUAACUAACAUUAAUAGUUCACAAUAUUUUGUUGUUGCAUCUUACAACAGUCAUCAUUGGUUCAUUUUAUGUAAUACCUACAUGCAUUGUAGGUAUUACCUAGUAGAAUAAUUUGUUUUAUUCAUUAUUAUUGUCUGAUAUUUUGGUUUUUUAUAAAGAAUGAGUUCUACAAGCUUUACAAAUAGCACUGAUUUUAUAGUACAAGACAUUAAAUGAGCUUUAAUUUCUAAAACAUUAAAACUUUUCAUUAUAUGUGCAAUAAAUAUUAUUUAAAUUGAUUAAACAAAAUGUAAAUAUAUUUAAAUUGUAUGUCAUGUUUGGUUCGUAGGGCUCUAUUAUCUUCCAAGCGGAAGUGAGUUAUUAUUUUUAAACAAGUGUCAAAACUUAGACAUUUAUUUGUUAUAGAAAUUAAUUUUUGUAAUUUUAAACGAGAUUAAGUUAGUCUAUGUGAUUUUAAAAUAUGGAUUGACUCAGUUUCGGUCCGACUAUGGCCGCUAGGCCAAUAACGCGACCGGAGCCCCCAGGCGUAUUUGUGUCCAGAGACCUCUCAAGGCUCAAGAUUUAUAAAAUAAAUUAUUAAUUAUAUUCAAAUAAAAUUUAUAAAAUAGUCAGUAAUUUAAUUACUGACUAUUUUAUUAUAUAGUGAUUGAAUAUACAUAGUGUUAUUUGGAUUUGAGUUUACUACAGCAGACUGCAGUAAAAUAAUAAAAUAUAAUAACAGUGAGAGUGAUUAAAAUUAUACACAAAUUACUGAAAGAUGAAAGAACGUCGAAAAUCACUUUUGUGAAUAUAAAAUAAAAUGAAGUGGCGUAACUGGGAAAAAAUUUAGAAGGGGCAAAUUUACUAUGAUUAAAACUCUGAGCCCCCUCCCCAGUUUAAAUAUAUUUUUAUUAUAUACAUAGUCACUGUUAUAGGUAAUUUAAUGUAUACCUGUAAGAAACGAUAAACCAUUGCUAACGAAAAAAAUGAUUCUGAGCGGAGUUCAAGUGAUAGUGAUGCUUUGUUAACGUUAUUUAUGUAAUUUUAUAGUGAAACAAUUCAAUAGGCUUUAUACAUUUUCUUUAAUAAUAUUUGUUUAAUGUUGUACUGAUUUUUCCAGUGUUCUUACUGUUUUCCCAUUUUUCCCCUGUUUUUUCGGUUUUUUAAAUUUUCUGGGAAAAUCCAUAGGAAAAUCAAAAUAUGACCUUUAUAAAGUAUCUCUUCAGUCAUAUUUCAUUUUAGAAAUAAGUGAUAUCAUUGUAAGUCGGAGCAAAAUUGCUGGUAGAAAAGUUGUUCACGGGAAAAAAGAAGGCCGUAAUAUUUGUUAAUAAAUACCUACAUUUCGUACAUUUUCCCGUUUUUUCUCCGUGUUAAUUGGUUUUUCAUAUUUGUUGAGAAAACUUUUAGGAAAUCGAAAAAUAACUUCCUUAAAGUACCUCCCCACAUGGAUUUACUUUGAUAAAAAGUGCUGGAAUUAAAAAUCGCAGCAAGAUAUCUGGUAGAAAUGUUGUCCACAGAAGAAAAAAUUAAACAUGUUUGUAAAACCAUAAGCUUCUUCGCUACACUCAGAAUCUAAAAUAUGCAUAGUAUAUACCUUAUAGUUUUCAAUAAUAAGUAGUGAACAAUAAAAAUCAAAUAAGAACACGUUAACAAGAAUGAAUAGAAACAAUCAUCUAAGAAUAUAUAUAUAAAGAAAUACUAUUAAAAAUGUUUACAUAUUACAAACUGUAUAAUAUGUUUUUUCCUACAUUAAAUUAUCUAAGUCUAAUAAUCAUAUGAUUUAAUAUGUUAUAAAAGAGUAUAUUAUAUUCUUUAACAAGGCUACAAAUUUUGAUUCAACUGUGUGUGGUAAAUUUAAAGGAAUAUAAAUAAUAAGUGAUAAAGGAAUAAAGGGGUCAUAAAAUAACAGAUAAUAAGUAUUCUAGCUUAACACAAACUAGAUAAAAAUACUUAGUUCUCAUCCAUGAAUAUUUUUUCUGGCUACCCUAUUGGUGUGAGAACUAAAUAUUGUUAACGGGAAACCGCAGCAUAGCAGCAUGUCAGUAUUGAUCGUGCAAUCCAAGACGUGAAAAUAUUUUAACAACAUGAUGCAAGAUAAUAAAACCAGCAAAUGGCCUGAGAGACUUAAUUUAUGAAAAAUAAAUCAUAACAUUCUAGAACUAAACGAAGCCCAUAUAAUGCGAUGCUUGGAACUGACCCUAAACUGACUUGUUUUCAAGUAUAAUGUCAUUUGGCACACACACAUAUUACAAGAAAUACCAUCAACUGAAAAUAGAAAACACUUGAACUAGUUGUUAAUUUAAAUACUUUAACCAUUCAUAAUCUGUAGGCUUUGAUAAUUGUAUAUUGUAACUAGUUACUCUAUGUAUUCUAGAUAAAGUACGAGCAUUAUAUGUAUAUAAUUUGAAUGUAAAUACUUACGCAAGAAUAUCACGUUAAAUUAUAAAAUAAUAGACUUUAACGGUAUAUAUAUAUGUUGCCGUAUGACGUUCAUUGUUAUUUUUUAGAAAUAUUAUCGGUUAACGAAACGGCUGUCGGCCCAAUAUCACAUUGAUUUUCCAUUACCUUUGUAUUUUUUACGACAAAACGAUUUAUGCGCUCUUGGUGUGCCAGGCCGACACUACGGAUUGUUGCUUUUUAAAUGCAAUAAAUUGACACCAUUAAUUUAAAUUGAUAUCAUAAAUAAAUAAAAUAGCACAAUUGUGUGAUAUUUUCAUCAGAUAACAGUACAAAGUAUAUGGAUUUAUCAACCGUACUUUUCCUUCUGGUACGAAAAUAUUUAUAUAGUUAUUCAUUUUACAGGUUUUGCACAAAAAUACUUUAAACAUAUUAUGAUUAAAGUUAACGUCGAUAGUAUGUAAUUAUAUUAUAUUAAAGCCAAUUAAAUUUUAAUAAAAAAUAAAACUAAACUAUUUAAUUAAAUACAGUAGCGCAAUCAGCGGAUUUAUGCCCCUGCUGUUCGAAAAAUUAUAUUUAUUUAUACAUACAUAAAUAAAAACCCAAAUUAAAAUACAGUACAUUUGAAUAUUAAAUUUGUUUUGUGUUAGGUAUACAUAAAGCUGAUGGCAUAACUAAAUUUUGUACAGGUAAGGAUAAGACCCAUAUUAUGAAAGAAUCGGUGGUUACACAAAAAUCUUUUUCUAAAAUUCCGAGUAAACCCGGUAAUACGAAGACUGACAAUGAAGAUGAUAAUGAAAGGUAAUCUCUAAGACGAAGAAAUCCCAACAUCCAAAGACAAUGAAAACUCAGCGACCAAAAAUACUUAUAAAGGUUUUAUUACAUAUAUUCCCGUUUAAAAUAUCACAUUAAAAUGUAUAUUUAUGAAAUCACUUUUCAACAUUUUUUAAGGACGAAACUCCCCCUCUCUUCUUCUAUUAAUUUCGCCCAUGUCUCAAGUUAGUAUUUAAUUUCUCUCAAUUCAAAAUCCUGACUUCACCACUGGUUCAAAUCAAAACAUGAAAACAAUUUUGUUUGGUAGAUCGUAUUUUAUUAGAGGCCUGAAUAAAUUUUAAUCUUCUGGCCUAAAUAUGGUUCCCACUCUACCCCUGACCACGUUAUUUAAAUCCAUAAGGUAAAUAACGUUAUUGUUUUAUAUACAGUAUGUCUCACUGUGUUCGACAGAUUUUUCUAGCGCUGUUAAUAUUACAUUUUUUUUUUUCAAUCUGUUUAUUUCUGAGGGGGAAAUCGAUUUGGAGAAAAAUUACAUUUUUUUUCAUCCUCUUAACACAAAAUUUUCAAAAUAGCCAUUUUCUAAAAAGUUUUAUUCAAACAUUUUUAUUUAUCACACAUUCAUAUUCGAUGAAUUUCUUAGUUAUUGUCGUUUUAAUUUCUAAAAAAUAGGCUUGAAAACAAUUAUUAUUCAAUAAAACAACACGUUAUAUAUGAUAAGGAAUCACAAUCGGUAAGUAAUUCUUUACAUGCUAUUGAAUAUUCAUUAUUUUCACGCCUAAUUUCUAGAAAUUAAAACGUCUAUAACUAAAAAACUACUAAUCAGAUAUGUAUGCAUGAUACAUUAAAAUUUUAAGAAUAAUAUUUUUUACAAAAAGAUAUUUGGAAAAUUUUCUUAAGUGAAUAAAUAAAGUUAUUUUUAUUUUUUGUGUAUAAGGGAUGAAAUUGAGAAUUUAAUUUUUUCCCAAAUCGAUGUCCCCCUCGAAGACAUACCGAUUGAAAAAAAAAAAAUAGAAAAAAAAAUUUAUACUAACAGCGUUAGAAAAAUCCAUCGAACACGGCGGGACACACUGUAUAUAUGUGUAUAAAUAAUUUUAUUUUAACUGUUAUAAUAUUGAUACGAUUUUCAUUUGGUUAUAAAAUACAUAUGCACUUACAUAAUAAUAUAAUAUAAUUAUAAAACUGUAUUUUUUUUUUUUUCGGUCAUUUUAUGAGAUUUAAAUUUAAAAUAAUAUAAUCUACCAUAACUAUCGAAAUAUAAUAUUCUGUUGUAAUUUUUGCUAAAGUAUACAUCUAGAAAUGUUUCGUCCCAUAAAAACAUCACCAUGUAGUUAGCCCACCUACCUUUUCCAAAACCAAUGAUACUAUAUUUUCAAUAUUACUCUUUUUCGGCGUAUCGGUUUUUACAUACCUAGCCAUUUCGAAUUCAGCUAUUUUGUUGUAAAUUAUAAUUAUUAUUAAAUAAAAUAUGUUUUUCUAUUGUAAUACAUUGAAUAUUUAAUAUCUGUAAUAAACGACCAAACGUGACACAACACAAUUACCAGUUCCAUCACAAAUAAUGUCUUCUAUUACAGUUUUGCCACAUAAAUACAGCACACAUUAAUAUUACGCGCGUCGUCCACAUAGAGGUGCAUCACGUAGCCACUGCGGCGAUCAAAUGGGAGUAGCUAAAAUGGGAGAGGCAUCAUACGCGUCAGUAGAAGCUCCCACACUCCUUUGGGUUCGCCCAGCGGAAGCACACAUAGGUUUGCUCACUUAACUUACCUAUACUCUUCCGAACUUAUACAACAAUUGCAGACACCGUAGACGGGCUGUUGUAUUUGGUUAUCCUUCACAUCCUAUAUCACUGGUAGUUGUGUUAAUUGUCACUUUGUCU